UAUCAAAAAAAAAAAAUGUUGUGAAGGCCUUUCCUGAGGCUUUAAUUAUUGCCAGUUGUGAAGAGUGCAUGACUCACAAGGGAGUUACUUGAUGCUCUGUUUAUGUGAUUACUUGUGACUUGAGAAAUUAUAAACUUGCUUUACCCAUCUACAUGAAGCAUUUCCCUUUUCUUUCUCCUUCCAUGGCCAUGUUGCCUUAUUAAAGAAAGGAAAGGGCACUGUUUAUGUACCUGGGUACUGCUUGUUAAAUAAAGUAGAUGGCCUCUGAUGUCAUUUUGCUAUUUGUCUGUAUGGCAGUGCUUCAGUCUAAGAAAUGUUUGAGUGAAAGCAGUGUUUUGUAUUAAGCUUUUCAGUAUGUUGUAAAAAAUGCAUCUUUUUAUUUCAAAACACAGCUUAUAUUGUUGUGUUUUAUUGCAGUAAUAAAAUCUCAGAACAAUUUGAGUAAAACCUAAGUGGUUUCUUAGCUUUAAGCUAGUAAAAACUUUGUUCUUUGCCUAAGCUGUUGCUGACAACUAUCAGUAGUUACAAGGUGAUUAAUUUGGGGUGUUCUUAACAAUAUCCUCUACUCUUGGAAGGACCAUGGUUUUAAUGGCCUCCCACAUUUUGCGAUAGUCUGAGCAAAAUAUAGAACUCCAGAGGUGUCUCAGACAUUGUAUAGUCUCGGUAAAUUACUUAAUUCUAUCUCUGUCUUCUCAUCUCCAAUUCCUCUUUUUCAGCCAUCUGAGCAGGUGUAGGAGUACCACUCAUGGUGCUUUGACACACUUAAACCACAAGUGUUAGGUUCUGUUCUUUCCUCUUAAUGGUUCGUUACUUUCCAAAAUGGAGCCACGGUUAUUACUGGGAUAAUUUUUGUCCAAAAGCAGUGUGCCUCAUUUCUUCAAGUACCAUCAGUUUCUUCACACGAUGAUGAGGCACUGCAGUGUUCUGGGUCUUGCAUUUGGGUAGUUACGACAAAGCAGGUUCUGGUAGCUGAGUGAGUGUUCCCACUCUGCCCCCGUCCUUUGAUGGCUGUUGUCUUGGGACUGUUUUCAAUGUAACACCCAGAUUUUCAGAGUGUGCCUCUUUGUGGCAAAAUGGGAUGAACUGGGGACACGCUUCAGAUGUGGUCUUGCAUAAUGCUGUUGCAGAAAAAUUCCCUGGUCCUUCAUUCCGCCCAGCAGCUUUACAAAAUAACAUCUGUGCAUGCAGUCACCUGCUCUAAUUUGCUUCUGCUGUUGCAAUUGGUUACAAGGCACAAAGUCAAAAAACAAGACUCAGUGCAAAACAGAAAUAAUAGAGCCUUCUGUACUGAAUGAAAGCGCUGUGAGUUUGGUCUUUCAAACUGUACCUCUCUUUAAUGUCUUCAUGCCAAUUUAGAUGACACACUGUAGUAAGUGAGAUCUAUUAAAGUUGGCUGUCAUGUCUCUCUGUCUUCACUUUUCUAUGUUUUUUCCAAACCUCAGCUGUUUAAUAUUAAUUUUUACUUACUAUAUCUGUAGCUCAGGCUGAAUUUUUUAGGAAAGAGAUGAGUUAUUUUCAAAAAUCAGGCCAGUAAAAACACAUUAUUUUGCCCAUGCAGUCAUCUUCCUCUCUCCAGUCCACAUCCCUGUGCUUGGUGUAUGGUCUCAAAAGAUGGUGGUGACAUGACAGCUAGGAGUUUCUGUGUUAAGCAGAAGGGUUUCUCUUUGUUUCCUCCUGCUGCAGGUGUGAUGGACAGGUAGCAGAAGAUUUCUCUUUGAUAUCGGGGAAUCAGAAUGACUGAGUGCUUCCUGCCUCCCACUAGCAGCCCCAGUGAACACCGUCGGGUAGAACACAGUGGGGGCCUUGCUCGUACUCCCAGCUCUGAAGAAAUCAGUCCUACGAAAUUCCCUGGAUUGUACCGCACCGGUGAGCCUUCACCACCUCAUGACAGCUUGCAUGAGCCUCCAGAUAUAGUAUCUGAUGAUGAAAAGGAGCAUGGGAAGAAGAAAGGAAAAUUUAAGAAGAAAGAGAAAAGAACGGAAGGUUAUGCUGCGUUUCAAGAGGACAGUUCCGGUGAUGAAGCUGAAAGUCCUUCAAAGUUGAAGCGGUCCAAGGGAAUACAUGUCUUCAAGAAACCCAGCUUUUCCAAAAAGAAGGAAAAGGAUUUUAAAAUAAAAGAGAAACCCAGAGAUGAGAAACACAAGGAAGACAAGCAUAAGGAAGACAAGCAUAAAGAGAAGAAGUCAAAAGACUUAACUGCAGCAGAUGUUGUAAAACAGUGGAAAGAGAAGAAGAAAAAGAAAAAGCCAAUUCAGGAGACAGAGAUACCUCAAGUGGAUGUUCCAAGUCAUAGACCCGUGUUUGGCAUUCCUUUGUCUGAUGCAGUAGACAGGACCAUGAUGUAUGACGGCAUCCGCCUGCCAGCAGUGUUCCGUGAAUGUAUAGAUUACGUAGAGAAGUAUGGCAUGAAAUGUGAAGGCAUCUACAGAGUUUCAGGAAUAAAAUCAAAAGUUGAUGAGCUCAAAGCAGCCUACGAUCGAGAAGAAUCUCCCAACUUGGAAGAAUACGAGCCCAACACAGUAGCCAGCUUGCUGAAACAGUACCUGCGAGAACUGCCUGAAAAUUUGCUUACCAAAGAGCUAAUGCCCCGCUUUGAAGAUGCUUGUGGAAAGAGCACAGAAGCUGAGAAAGUCCAGGAGUGCCAGAGGCUGCUGAAAGAGUUGCCAGAGUGUAACCAUCUCCUAAUUUCUUGGCUGAUUGUGCAUAUGGACCAUGUGAUUGCAAAGGAACUGGAAACAAAAAUGAACAUCCAGAAUAUUUCCAUAGUGCUCAGCCCUACUGUCCAGAUCAGCAACCGUGUCCUGUAUGUAUUUUUUACGCAUGUUCAGGAGUUCUUUGGGAAUGUGACCCUAAAGCAGGUGACAAAACCUCUUCGCUGGUCAAACAUGGCAACAAUGCCAGCACUCCCAGAAACACAGGAAAGCAUCAAAGAAGAAAUCAGGCGACAGGAGUUCCUCCUGAACUGUUUACACAGAGACUUGCAGGCAGGGAUAAAAGACUUAUCCAAAGAAGAGAGACUCUGGGAGGUGCAAAGAAUUUUAACAGCUCUUAAGAGGAAACUAAGAGAAGCUAAGAGACAGGAGUGUGAAACAAAGAUUGCACAAGAGAUUGCUAGCCUUUCGAAGGAGGAUGUCUCCAAAGAAGAAAUGAAUGAGAACGAGGAGGUUAUAAAUAUUCUGCUUGCACAGGAGAACGAGAUUUUAACGGAACAGGAAGAACUGCUGGCCAUGGAGCAGUUUCUGCGGAGACAGAUUGCCUCGGAGAAGGAAGAAAUAGAUCGCCUUCGCGCAGAGAUAGCUGAAAUACAAAGUCGCCAGCAGCAUGGCCGAAGCGAAACAGAGGAAUAUUCUUCCGAGAGUGAAAGCGAAAGUGAAGAUGAGGAGGAACUGCAGGUCAUCCUGGAAGAUUUGCAGAGGCAGAAUGAGGAGCUGGAGAUAAAGAACAAUGACCUGAACCAAGCGAUUCACGAGGAGCGAGAGGCCAUCAUCGAACUGCGAGUACAGCUCCGACUACUGCAGCGAGCUAAAUCAGAGCAGCAGGUGCAGGAAGAAGAGGAGCCAGAAAAACGCGGGGGGGUUUCUCAGCAGCAAAGAGACAGUGUCCUGGAGACAAAAGCAGCCAAAGAGCAGCCAAAAGCAAGCAAGGAGCAGCAAGUCAAGCCAUCGCCGAGCAAAGACAGGAAAGAAACUCCCAUUUGAUCUGGCUCCUUGGAUAUGCAUAAAAUCAACUGAACUGUGCAAAUUACUGUAAUUUGAGUCAAACUGCACAAUUAUUGCUGGCUGUGUACAAAUUUGUAAAGAAACUUCUCUUUUAAGCCCUGGAGACUUUUGUCUCCAAUACUGGUGGCUUCUACUCAUCACACUCAGGUGAGUUUGGAGAGGCCAGAGGAGUUUUCCAGUUAGUAUCAGAUUAUUUCAAGACUGGUUUCCUUCAGGUGAUUUAAAAUUAUUCAGUAACAGUUUUAUUUUAAACCAAAAUCAUUAUUUACAUUCAUUGGAGCAGAAUUGGGAGAUCUCAUUUUUGGUAAAUAAACAAAAACCCACCCACCCUUACUAAUUAUUUGCCUUGUGAAUCUAUUCAUCCUCAUUCACCAUUAUUCCUGCUUAUUAACCUAGUCACUUCUUGCUUGUGCCUUUGAUACCUUUCUGAUGCAGAUUAUAUACAAGGGAGCUUUAAAUUUAUUCUGGGUUGGCUGAAAAGUUGGGAGGCUGCGGGGUAUCGUGUUUACCAGACGUGCCCUUGAGCUUCAUUUCUGUUCUGGGAUGUGCUGAACAA